UGUAUUAAACCAGACAAGAAUGGCCAAUUACCCAACUAUUCCUCUGUACAAUCCUAGUGUCAUGAAGAAUCUUCACUAUUUCAUCAUCACCACCGUCUUCUGCAGUGUCUUUUACCUUCUUAGCCUCUGGCAGCACUCCCCCCACGUCGGCGUCCGGUCAGCCACCGUCGUCACAGCCCACUCACGCGUCCCCGUUCCCUUCCGUGUCGAGCACAAUUCGACCACCUCAAUCUCGCCGGCGCCUCUAAAUGGCAAUCUCGACUUCUCGUCCCGUCAUUACCUCCCUGACCCACAUUCCACGGCGGCGCGUAGCUUUCAUUUCCCUCCUUGCCAUGCUUCCUUCUCAGAGUAUACUCCUUGUCAGGACGUUGAGAGGUCCCUGAAAUUCGACCGUGACAGGCUAAUCUACCGGGAAAGGCAUUGCCCGGAGAAGGAAGAGGUGUUGAAGUGCCGUAUUCCGGCGCCGUUCGGGUACCGUAUUCCUUUCCGGUGGCCUGCGUGUCGGGACUUGGCCUGGUACGCCAACGUGCCACACAAGGAGCUGACGAUUGAGAAGGCGAAACAGAACUGGAUCCGGUUCGAAAAGGACCGGUUCAGGUUCCCGGGUGGUGGGACCAUGUUUCCACGUGGCGCCGGAGCGUAUAUCGACGACAUCGGAAAGCUGAUCAACCUGAAAGAUGGGUCUAUCAGAACCGCCAUAGACACCGGUUGUGGGGUGGCAAGUUGGGGAGCUUACCUUCUAUCUCGAGACAUUUUAACAGUGUCAUUUGCACCAAAAGACACGCAUGAAGCCCAGGUUCAAUUUGCUCUUGAACGUGGAGUCCCUGCUUUGAUUGGAGUUCUUGCCUCAGUGAGACUUCCUUACCCUUCAAGAGCCUUUGACAUGGCUCACUGUUCACGUUGCCUCAUUCCCUGGGGCCACUAUGAUGGGAUUUACUUAACUGAAGUCGAUCGAGUACUGCGUCCCGGUGGCUAUUGGAUUCUGUCGGGGCCGCCGAUCAACUGGGAAAAGCACUGGAAAGGGUGGGAGAGGACUCCUGAUAGUCUUAAAGAAGAACAGGAUGGGAUUGAGGAGGUUGCAAGGAGCCUGUGCUGGAAAAAAUUGGUACAGAAGGAUGAUCUCGCAAUAUGGCAGAAACCCAAAAACCAUGUACAUUGCAAGAAUACCAAAAAGGUCAUCCAGAAUCGACCAUUCUGUGAGGCACAGGAUCCAGACACAACAUGGAACACUAAAAUGGAGACUUGCUUGACCCCACUACCUGAGGUAACUGACAUCCAGGAGGUUAGCGGUGGGAAAUUGGCCAAAUGGCCUGAAAGGCUCACUUCAGUCCCUCCAAGAAUUACAAGAGGAAGUUUGAAUGGAAUCACCGCAGAGAUCUUCAGAGAAAAUACAGAGUUAUGGAAAAAGAGAGCGGCACACUACAAGGCCAUGGAUUAUCAGCUAGCAGAGCGUGGGAGGCACAGAAACCUGCUUGAUAUGAAUUCUUACUUGGGAGGUUUUGCAGCUGCUUUAGCUGAUGAUCCUGUGUGGGUCAUGAACAUUGUCCCUGUGGAGGCUGAGAUCAACACCCUAGGAGUUAUCUACGAACGUGGAUUGAUUGGUACCUAUCAAAACUGGUGUGAAGCCAUGUCCACCUACCCAAGAACUUAUGACUUCAUACAUGGUGAUUCAGUUUUCAGCCUCUACCAGAACAGAUGCAAUAUGGAGGAUAUUCUUCUAGAAAUGGACAGGAUUUUGAGGCCAAGAGGCAGUGUCAUUCUGCGUGACGAUGUGGAUGUGUUGAUAAAGGUGAAGAACAUUGCAGAUGCAAUGCAGUGGGAAACCAGAAUUGCAAACCACGAAGAGGGUCCACACCACAGAGAAAAGAUACUAUUAGCAGUCAAGCAGUAUUGGACUGCACCACCUGAACAAAGCAAGAAGCUAGUUUGA